GUGCCUGAGAGCGCAGCCCCACGUGGAAAAGGUAAAGACCUUGCAGGGCCGGAAGAUGACAGCCGGGCAGGCUGCCAAGUUUCGUGUGCAGCUGCAGAUGGCCUUCCUCAAGGACCUGGGCUUGCCCGUGCUGAUGCGGGUCUUCUCCGUGACCAUGUAUGUCACCAUGGUCUACUUCACUGCGGUGAUGACCAAAGAGAACGUCGUGGAACUUGGUGUGGAGAUGUUCCAGAUCCUCACAUACAUCGCGUUUUCGAAGGCUAUGUGCGAAGUCUUCCUGCCCAUUGUGUGCGUGGGCAUCGUGGGUGCUUUGGUGGUAGCC